GUGCUAUUAAAAUAUUUGCUAUGUUUCUAGCAAAAUUUACUAAGUUCCAUAGCAAGAUAGACUUUACUGAUAAUCUGUUCCUAAAGACUAUUAAAAACAUAGUAAAAUUGACGAGAAUUUAGAAGAAAAAAACUACAAUGUCUUCUCCGUGUAGGGAUGGUUGUACAACCGUUGAGUAAAAAUUAUUUAUGACUGAUGUACACGUUUAGAUCUGCUAAUCAUAUCUACCUCCAGAAGGUUGAUCGCGCAACUGUUGUGUUCACUGAACGCAGCACAACCACAAAGUGUGGGCGAGAAACCUUGUAGUGUUGUACGAAAGACCCGGUUUUUCUAGAGUGCCAAUGACUGAGGGGGAUGCCAAUGAUUGUGUGUGGUUGCCCAAUGCCGAUCUGCACACGCAGCGUCCAGUGAUGAAUUGAUCGCCAUGUUGCACAGCGGGCAAAAAGGCUCACUUUUUGGAUAAAAAUCUACUGACAGCGCAAUUCUUAACCGAUUUCAAAUUUUCUUUUUUUAAUUGCUCGUAAUGAAAUCCUCUAUAACGUGGAGCUGCACAUUUUUUAAAAAAAGUUUGAAUUCAAAAUGGCAGAUAAAAAAUGAUUGUCGAAAGUACUGAAAUGAUAUCGAAUGUGAUAUCUUACCUACAAUAUUGAAUAUAUUUACUCUAAGUUAAAUAUAUAUAUAUGCAUUUUUGAGACUGUAAAUAUGAAUAUAGCAAUUAAAAAAUUGUAAACUCAAAAUGACAUUUAACAUAGAAGUAAAAAAUAUUGAAACUAUACAAUAUUCAAUAUUCAAUAGAUUUAUAGAAUAGUUAGCUCCGGGAUGUCGAUCGUUAAUAGACGCGUGUGUCAAGCGCGACAGAGCCGACGACGAUGUCGAGAGCGCGCAGCGUCAUGGCCUCUUUCGUGCCUCUUUCGUAAUGAUUCCGCGGAUCUGGAUCGUAAUCCUUUCCUGAUAAAGCCCGUCGGAGGUAACGAAGGUCAUCGGUGAAGCGUCCACGAGUCUCGCGGAUUGUUGCAACGGUCUUGGAUUAGCUCUCGAGAACGACUGACUGAUUGGUUACCCACGAAGAUCUCUCUCCGUCCAAGGACCCGUCGCAGCCGACACUGCGAAGAAACGACACUGCGCGGGCCCGAAAGCACAAGUGAUAUUUCUAACUAUAGUUAACACGUAGAGCUUAGAGGAGCCAAACCGUCGUGUGAAACCGUCUCGUACCUUAUGUAUAUACGUAUAUACACAAACACACAUAUACCAUCCGAUGUCGGUACUCAAUCUGAUAUCCAGUGCUAAGUACAAGUGACGCAAAGUGUGUUCAACGUGAAAUCAUACUGCGAAUCCACGCGAAGCACAAAGGGACACCAAAGGGGGACCGUCGGUAGCGAGGCUGUGCGAGUAUAUAUAUAUAUAUAUAUACACACACACAUAUAUAUAUAUAUACCGGGUGUACCGUGUGCGCACGCGAUACUCGUGUAACACUUCGGUGUGCGGAGACACGACGGCGCAACAUGAGAGUGGCCAGGCAGCAUCCAUUGCAUCUGCAAGUUCCGCGCGCCAACAAUGGCAAAUUUUUGGUCAGCCCUAACAGCAACAGUCAGGACGUUCAUCAGCAACAGCAGCAGUCGCAACAGCCGGCCAGCGAUGAGGCCAGCGCGGUGUCGACGGUGGUCUUUCCGAGUUGCGAACCAGUGCCCCACGACCUUCACGGUGGACCGACUGUGCUAGGAGAUCGAUUCCUGCUUCUUGGUCCGGCUGAGGGUAGCGCGCUUUAUCGUUGCCUGGACGUGCAGAGCGAUCAGCAACUUGUCGCCAAGGCGUUGACCGUGGGCGACAAAGGUUGCGAGGCGUUGUUGCAGGCCCACCUUCGUCUGGAGGGCACCGGCGCGGCAAGCGGUGUGGCUGGCGUCGUGGAGGCAUCCGGAGGCCGGCGCUAUCUCCUCUUGGAGGGCCACCACGGCGACCUGCACGCCUACGUAAGGGCACGCAGGAGAUUGCGCGAGCCGGAGGCGAGGCGACUCUUCCGGCAGGCUGCCAGGGCCGUGGCGAAGUGUCACGAGUACGGAGUCGUGUUGAGGGACCUCAAACUCCGAAAGUUCGUCUUCGCCGACGAAGCGAGAACGCGGCUUCGCCUGGAGAGCCUAGAGGACGCGGUGAUCGUGGAGAAUAACGACGACAAGCUGACCGACCGCAGGGGCUGUCCGGCGUAUGUCGCACCGGAAGUGCUGCGCUCCGGACGCGCCUAUUCCGGCAAGGCGGCGGACAUCUGGUCGCUGGGCGUGCUGCUCUACACGAUGCUGGUGGGCCGUUAUCCCUUCAACGAUGCCGAGCACGCGUCCCUCUUCGCCAAGAUCUCGCGCGGCCUGUUCGCGGUGCCGGAGGGUCUGAGUCCGCGCGCCAAGUGCCUGAUCCGCUCACUGCUGAGGAAGGAGCCGUCCGAGCGACCGUACGCCGAGGACGUGCCGCUGCAUCCCUGGCUGGCGAAGCCGUUGCGGAUAUGCGCGACUCCGGCCGGCAGGUCCUCCACGAGCCAGGACCAAGUCGUACCAGAGCUACCUACCAAUCCUCGACAAGACUGACUCCCUCACGGGAAAGGAAUUCUUAUUAUUCCGCGUGCGACCGCGUCGUCAUCCUCGCGCCAUCAGCCCGGUGCUUCUCUCGCGCCGACAGCCGCCGUCGGGUCGGGUUCUCGAGCCGUGAGGGGGGGAGUCACUGCAAUCAAAAGACGGAGGAGCGAUAUGGCUUUUUCCGUUGUCUUUUUCUUCCGUCUUUCUUCGUGUUUCUUUUCUUUUCCCGACACAUUGGCUGUGCUCACGCGGGACGGCCGUGAGAGAGGCUGUCUCGCGUUCCUCGCGUGUGUGCGAGAUACCGGCGACGUGUUAGUUCAUAUCACACGUUCGAGGUGCGCGAACACAUGGGGAUAUUUGCUCGAAGGAGUAACGUUUGAGCGGGAAAUUCGUAUUUAAAGAUUUAUUCGUAUUUAAAAAGAAAAAAAAAGCGAAGAAUAAAUCGAAGAACAUAUAUACUCACACCUCGACAGUCAAUGUGUUUUAUAACGGCAGCUGAAUCACACGCAUAAAACACGUGCUUUAACCCCCAGGUUCGUUCGCGAGUCGCGAGUAGAGUUUCCAAACUGCGGAUUGUAAGAUAAUACUCGACUCGAUCCUCCGCAUCGCAAACGCGACGCGACGCGCGGCUAAGGAUGCCUGAUCCCUCUCAUUUUCGCCGGCGAGGACGGCCUAGUGUAAGCUUCGAAGAUAGAGAGUACCAACAUCGGAUGAGAAUAAUCGUUCUUGGUGGAAUUUACACGGGGGAGAGUGUACCAAAGUCUAUCCUAGGCACCAGGUGUCCGUGGUCUCCAUCUCUUUCUCGUUCAGCGCUGUACAACUUGCAGUUGAACGAUCGAAGCGCGCGUUGGGAACCUCUCGAAUAUAUGAGGUCGAGUCCACUCUAGUCUUGAGACAACUCAAGGUCCGAGCGCUGAACGGUGAAGAUGUAAUCAAGAGGAAUCCUCCACGCGAGGCGGUGUCGUAAUUUUGGUCACUCUCCGCCAAACAUUUCGGAGGCAACCUGACGCAAGUGACGAUAUAUUAAUACGCCUCUAUCGACUAAAGAAUCGUAGAUUCGAGGAAACGUCGCCGUUAUUGGGCCAAAAUCGCGCGUUUACGCCUUGUUCGCUUUUAUACGAGUACACUCGCGCUGUACUCGAGUCCCUUUGUGAUAGAAUCUUGCGAAUUCUAAGCGACAAAAAAAUGUGAUACACAAAUUAUAUGAUACAGGUUGUUUCGCAAACGGGCGGAUUACUUGCAGUCGUCUGUCUCUGAAGUCCAUGUACGUUAAUUGUUGUCGUUCAAAACGAUCGAAUUCGAUGUUUGUAUCUGCGCGUUAGACAUACAUCCUCCGACUUUCUCGAUAUUUCGCGUUUACGUCGCAUCUACAUAAUGAUUUUUACGCUAUACUACUAUAUAUAUAUAUAUAUAUAUAUAUAUAUAUAUAUAUGUAUAUAUAAAUAUAUAUAUAUAUAUAUAUAUAUAAUGGUUGAUCCAUGUACAUAGGAGCGAACAGCGUGUAUAAAUUACUUGAGCGAGGGGACUUGGAUGCAGUGUAAAUUCAAGUAGAACCGGUGAGCUUUGUACGUAUAGUACGGUACAUAAUGACUGCGUAUAGCAGAAGUCAGCGCUCAGUAAAUACUUAGGGAUUAUUGCUUGUGAUUGGAGUGCACUUUUAGAUGCUCAACAGAUCCGGAAGAAUGUGCCAAUCAGGAGCGAUGAUAAUUAAGCGCCAUUUUUGCAGGCAACGCGAAAUGACGAAUGAACGGGCGACUGAGAGGCGGUUUCGAGCCGAGAGAACUCGGGGGAGGGGGAGGGGGGAAGAGGAAAACACAAGUCAGCACGAGAGGGUUAAUUAAUGACCAGCGGGUUUUACCAGAGCAAAUCGAACGUGUUGAUAAACAGAGAGUUUCUAAUUCGAAAAUCCGAUUCACCUCGCUCCCGUUUUGUCUGUCGCCAUUGUAUAUCGGGGACGUCAAUCAAAUUUUUGCGUAGACAGGCAACAUCGAAUGGACAUUUCCCUCGUCGUCGCGUAUGCGGCAACAACGUUCUCCUGUUCUCCCGACCUGAAAACAUUGCCUACAAAAGUUCAAGACUGCUUGGACAUGUGGCCUAUGUAAUUAACUCUAUUAAAGAAAAACCGAAACGUCGAUUACACUGAAUUUCUAACUUAAGAACAAUAAAAAAAUACGCUUCCUGGAACGCUCGAAACGGAAAGAGCGUCCACGAAUCUAAAUGUGUUCAUCGAGGGCAAUGUUUUCAGGCGGAGUACUUCUAAUAGUGAAAAGGAAAAAAAAAAUAAAACAGAAACGAAGGACAAGAAUACCUUCUUCUGAUCAUCAGACCUCUGAAAUCAUCGCUUACGCGAUAUGUACACACACACACACACACACAUAUACACACACAGCCAUAAACAUAUUCCCAUAUACAUACAUAUAUGGCUCACUAGGUAGGAAUCGACUAGCUCGGUGAUCGUCGAUGCGAUCGAGUUGCCUCAAUACGAUUCUGCGGCGAAUCGGAAUGUUCUGUCUUGUUCGAACCUUCAUCAGGAAUUCUCGAUUCAAUGGCAUUUCUCGGUACACGAGGUUGAAGGCAAGUGCAGAGCGACGCGACGGCGUUAUCGAUCGAAACGAAACCGCGACUCGAUCUUUAACUCGAUCCCUCACGUUCGACGAAAGUACCAUGUGUUCUUGUAUUUAAAGGUAUCUUACCUACCUUACAUACCUACAUACCUAUCUACCUAUCUACACGAACUCUUUUGUAACUUCCGCGAGAGUGAAAAGUGAGUGAGAGAGAGAGAGAGAGAGAGAGAGAGAGAGAGAGAGAGAGAGAGAGAGAGAGAGAGAGAUUUUUUCCUUUUUAUUUUAUAAUCCGCGGACCCGAGCGAACGCGGUCAUUUGCCGGGCUCUCGCGGCUCUACGAUUCCUGUCGUAUCGUUUUUUCAGUCAGGGUACCAACGCGCCGCGCGCGUUCCAGCGUCUCAACCGUGUACAUACGUUCAACACGACUAAGUCCUAUCAUUUAAAUCAUUAAGUGCGAUAAGGGAAUAUCAUCUCUGUACAUAUAGGCAAAAUAAAAUGGAGUUUAUGACAGACA